AUGCCCUACGGUCUACAGGUGAAGUGGACCGAAGAGAUGUAUGACGGGGCAAAGACUUUAGCUGAUCUCAAUGAGUGGCUGAAGCCUCAUUCAAGAACCAAUAGACUGCUGAAUGGAACCAGCAGGCCGCAGCCGCGAGAAUUAAGUAGACCGCAGCCGCGAGGAAUAAGGCCUGAGCGAAGGUUUAAUAUAAAUACGCAUCAGGAGAACCGGCCAACAAACCAACGAAAAUGUGAAGCAUGUCGAGGGAAUCAUAAACUCCUCGAAUGCACAAGAUUCAAGGCUAUGAAGCCUGAAAAAAGAAAUGAAUUAGCCUUUAAGGCAAAGGUAUGCUUGAGCUGCCUCGCAUUCACAAAUCACAUGAUGCGAGACUGCAAAAGAGCAAAACAAUGUGGAAUUAAUGGAUGUAAGUUCAAACAUCAUCCAUUGAUUCAUAAAUCUCAAGAGAGAAAUACAAGUGGUCAAAAUGAAUCGGAAGGACGAAGUAGUCCAAAUACACAAGAGGGUGAGAUACACAAUCACCAACAAAUAACAAAAUCCAACGUAUUCUACCAAAUAGUUCCUGUGACGCUGAAAAAUAAUGACAAAAUCAUCAACACGUUCGCUUUCUUGGAUGCGGGGUCAUCACUCUCUCUAAUAGACGAGGAGAUUGCGAACAAGUUAGGGCUCAACGGAAGAAUUGAUCCGUUGAUACUAAAAUGGACGCAGAACGUCACGAGAAACGAACAGAACAGCCGUAGAGUUCAGGUACGAAUCAACGGCAACAAUGAAAAAGAAUACGUCAUGAAAGGAGUGAGAACGAUAAAGAAUCUCCAACUCCCAGAGCAAAGCUUCAACAAGGAGGUGAUGGAGAAAAGGUAUCCAUACCUCAAGAAUCUGCCGUUGAGCAGUUACAGCAGUAUACGCCCGACAAUAUUGAUUGGACUGAGUCACAGUCACUUGUUGAUUCCAUUCGAAAGGCGAAUGAGAAAACCGAACGAGCCCACAGCGCUACGAACCAAACUUGGAUUCUUAUUGGAUAUGUUUGGCAACAUAUCGUCCAACGUGCAAGGCGGACACAUCAUGGUCAUUCAGCAAGAAGAAGACAUGAACAAAGCUUUGCAUAAAUAUUUCUCCAUCGAAGACUUCGGUGUGAAAUUAGUCAAGAAUCUACCAAAAUCAGCUGAGGAAGAAAAGGCUGAACAAAUAUUAAAAAGUACUAUGAAAUACAAGGAUGGUAGAUACGAAGUUGGACUGCUAUGGAAAGAUGAGGAAACGAAAUUUCCAAACAGCUACAACAAUGCAGCAAAAAGGCUGACAACCAGUGAGAGAAUGUUAAAGAAAGACCCAGAGUUGAAAAAAUGGGCAAUAGAAACAUUUGCGGAUUACGAGAAGAAAGGCUACAUCCGCAAACUGUCAGAGGAAGAAAUUAUGAAGCCGGUACCAAGAGUGUAUUAUCUUCCACACUUUAUUGUGCACAACAAAAAUAAGUUGCCACCUAAGCCAAGGUUGGUUUUCGAUGCAGCGGCAAAGAUACAAGGUGUAUCGUUCAACACGGAACUGUUAUCAGGGCCGGAUGCUACUACGUCAUUGUUCGGCGUUUUAGUAAGAUUCCGAGAAGGAGCAAUUGCUGUAUGUGGAGACAUCAAAGAGAUGUUCCAUCAAGUACGAAUCCGAGCUGAAGAUCAACACGCUCAGAGAUUCUUAUGGAGAGAUUGUGAUAGCAGCAAGAAACCUGAUAUAUACGUUAUGCAGGUGAUGACAUUCGGAUCAACCUGUUCACCGUCAUGUGCACAAGCGGUUAAAAACCACAACGCAGAAAAAUUCAGGAAAUAUUGUCCAGUGGCGACCGAAGCAAUCAUAAAGCAACACUACGUCGACGAUUAUCUGGAUAGUUUUGAAGAGCUCGAUAAGGCAGCAGAAAUAGUACUACAUGUUAUGAAAAUUCACGAUCACGCGGGUUUCCACAUCAGAAACUUUGUGUCAAACAGCAGAAAACUUUUUCAAAGUUUACCCUCGGAACGUGUACAAAUAUCCGGAAUCAAAAUGUUCGAAGAAAAGGAUUCAAUGACCGAAAAGGUACUUGGUGUAUAUUGGAACACCACAUCUGACACACUCGGCUAUCAAAUCAAAUUAGACAAGCUAGGAAGUGAUGUUACACAAAUGCUACGUUUACCAACAAAGAGAGAGGUACUAGCCUUCGUGAUGAGUGUCUACGAUCCACUUGGACUCAUCUCGAAUAUAACUGUGCAUGGUAGAAUCCUCAUCCUCGAAGAAAGAACAGGUGAAGUAGAACUACACACCUUUGUAGAUGCUUCUGAGAAAGCAUUUUGUGCAUGUGUGUACGUAAGAAGUGUAUCUGGAAACACACCACACGUAAGACUUCUAUCAGCAAAAUCAAGAGUAGCACCAGUAAAACCAUUGAGCAUACCACGCCUAGAGCUACAAGCGGCCGUGUUAGGAAGCCGAUUAACCAAAACGAUAGUAGAAGAAACAAGACUAAAGAUUGUUAGCAAAACAUUUUGGAGCGAUUCGCAAACUGUGCUCUCGUGGAUCAAAAGCCCGAAACGAAGAAGCACAUUUGUAAUGCAUCGGGUAGGUGAAAUCCUGGAAGACAACAGGAAAAAUGAAUGGCGAUGGGUGCCAACAGAUGAAAAUCCAGCCGAUGAAGGCACAAAGGAAAAGCUAGGAAAAUCACAAUGGUUUGAAGGACCUGAUUUCCUAAAGCUCUCAGAAUCGUCAUGGCCUUCCACUGAAGAGAAGGAAACAGGCGAAGAGUUGAGAGAAACAGUGUUAGUUCACGAAGAACUAUGCAAACUUAGUUUCAUCGAUAAGUACAAGGAGUACUCAGAUUGGUGGAAGUUGGUGAAGAACCUUUGUGUAUUAAACAGGACAAAGGAAAGAUGA